CAUUGUUGGAACUAUACUGGCUGAGCAGGAUUUGGAGCAGAGAGAGAGAAAUAGAGGGAGGGAGAAGGAGAGGGAGCGAGGAAGCUGGCAGAUCUGCUUCACAGCGACACCACGGCUCUGCACAGCCUCCCACGGCUGCUCGAGUCUGCUGUUGCAGAAGGCGCACGUUUUAUUUAUUUAUAUAUUUCAAUUUUUGCCCGGUGUUUUACGCGCGGUGGCAUCUGUCCGUGCAGGAUUCCGUCUUUGGCACAAAUUUGCGCACCGCCGCCUGCAAGUUUGGACUAAAGCGCACCGUUGGGAAGUUUAUGCGUCUCUGCCUCGGACAGAAAGCUCCGUGCAGGUGGAGCGGCUGGAGCGGCUGAAUGGACCGGAGAAGUGACCGAUAGAAGAGGUUCGGGAGUCAGGAAUAUGGGGAGGAUGGAUUGAGGGAGUUAAAAAAAGAAAAAAAAAAACAGCUACAGUACAAGACUCACUGCCAGAAAAAGGAGGACGGCGGGGGUUUUGAGGAGAGUAAAGUGAAAUAAUCCAGUGGCGAGUGUCUCGGGAGAGAGCGCCGGUGGGGAAGGAGAGAGAGAGAGAGGGAGUUGGAUACCCAGCAAUGCAGGCAGCAUGGAAAGGGUGAGGGAGCAGCGGCCUUUCUGCUCGCUGUCCAAGAGCCAGAGGGAGCGGGAGAGGGACUGCGGGAGAGACAGGGACCGGGAGCGCCGCUACACCGCCUCCUCCACCGACCGGGACGAGGGAGCCUGCCGCGUCCCCACGCAGAAGUCCUACAGCUCCAGCGAGACCCUGCAGGCCUUCGAUCAUGACCCCACGCGCAUGCUGUUCGGAGGCAGAGUCAAGGAGAUGGUGCACAAGGAGACGCCAGAGUACACCAGGCCAGGACAGACGUUUUCAUUGAGGCAGCUGGGGAUUUGCGAGCCGCCCGCUCGCCGAGGCCUGGCUCUGUGCCCCGAGACGGGCCUGUCCCACCCGCUCAGCAGCUACUCCAGGGGGCCGGCCGCCACAGAAAACCAUGAACCUGUUUCACCGGAACGUACCAUGACUCUUUGGGGGACGGGGGCAAGAAAAUCGGAGCAGAAUUCCUGCCUCUCCAGUCGCUCUAACUCAGCGCUCACGCUCACCGACACGGAAAUGGACAAUAAAUCGGACACGGAGAUGGGUGACCAUCUGUCCAGCCAGCAGGCCCCGCCUCCUCUCCCGCCAGCUCCGCCCCCUCACAAGCAGCAUCCGUCGAUCACCUCGCUGAGCCGCAGCUCGCUGGCCAAUCAGAGGAGCCCGAGCCCGCCUCCCGCAGCCGGCCUGGCGGCUGACUUGCAGAGCACGGCGGAAUGUGUCCAGCUGCAGGACAGCUGGGUCCUGGGCAGCAAUGUGGCCCUGGAGAGCCGGCACUUUCUGUUUAAAACGGGCACAGGGACGACCCCUUUCUUCAGCGCAGCGGCCCCCGGGUACACGAUGGCGACGGGGACGGUUUACUCCACGCCCGCGCGGCCCUUGCCCAGGAACAGCCUGUCCAGAGGAGCCUUCAAGUUCAAGAAAUCACCCAAACAUUGUUCCUGGAAAUGCACAGCCCUGAUCGCCGUGGGCAUCGCAGUCGUGCUGUCCAUCAUCCUCUGCUACUGCAUAGCAAUGCAUCUUUUUGGACUCAACUGGCAGCUCCAAGAGUUGGAGAACCAGCCAGCUUUUGAAAAUGGAGCAGUUGGGAAGAUGGGGCCCACUCAGUCGAGCAUAGUGACAGUUCUCUCUGCUGAUGGAAGGACCAGCGUGCUUCACCAGGAGAACAACUCCAUCGACACGGGCCAGGUGGACAUCGGGAAGCGCGUGGCUCAGAUUGUCCCGCCGGGCGUGUUCUGGCGCUCGCACCUCACCAUGGAGCAGCCGCGCUUCCUCAAGUUCAACAUCUCCGUACAGAGGAACGCGCUGAUUGGAGUUUAUGGAAGAAAGGGUCUUGCGCCAUCUCACACUCAGUACGACUUUGUGGAGUUGCUGGACGGGAGCCGACUUAUUGCCAAAGAGCACUGGGGCGAAGCGGAGACGAGGGCCCGGCUGGAUCACCCGGUGACGCUCCACCAGGCCGGAUUCAUCCAGUACCUGGACUCGGGCGUGUGGCACCUCGCGUUUUACAACGACGGACGGAGCGUGGAAGCGGUCUCCUACAACACCAUCAUCCAGGAAUCUGUGGCGGAGUGCACACACAACUGCUACGGGAACGGGGAGUGUGUGGCGGGAUCGUGCCACUGUUUCCCCGGAUUCAUAGGACCGUACUGCUCCAGAGCCGCGUGUCCAGUGCUGUGCAGCGGGAACGGCCAGUACACCAGGGGCCGCUGUCAGUGCCACAGCGGCUGGAAGGGGACCGAAUGCGACGUUCCCGCCUCCCAGUGCAUCGAUCCCGUCUGCGGGGGACACGGACUGUGCGUGGCGGGAAACUGCGUAUGCAACACGGGCCACAAAGGAGUCAACUGUGAUCAAGUGGACUGCGUGGACCCGGCGUGCUCCGGCCACGGAGCCUGUCACCACGGCGACUGCCACUGUAACCCGGGCUGGGGGGGGAUCAGCUGUGAGAUCCUGAAGAGCACUUGUCCGGAGCAGUGCUCCAGUCACGGCACCUUCAACACCGACUCCGGCACCUGCAUCUGCGAGACCAACUGGACCGGCACCGACUGCUCAAGAGAGGUGUGCGUGGUGGACUGCGGCCCCCACGGCUCCUGCAUCAGCGGCGUGUGUCACUGCGAGGAGGGCUGGACGGGGCCGGAGUGCGAGCAGAGGGACUGCCACCCGCGCUGCAUGGACCACGGCGUCUGCCGGGAGGGCAAGUGCGACUGCCACCAGGGCUGGACGGGUGAACACUGCACCAUCGCUCUGGAUUCCAGAGUAUCAGGAGCAGUCAAGAUAGGAUAUAAAGACGGCUGCCCCGGGCUCUGCAACAACAACGGGAGGUGCGUCCUGGAUCAGAACGUCUGGCACUGCAUCUGCCAGUCGGGGUGGCGAGGGCUCGGUUGCGACGUCGCCACCGAAACGCUCUGCUCGGACGGCAAGGAUAACGAGGGAGAUGGGCUCAUUGAUUGCAUGGACCCAGAUUGCUGCUCUCAAGCCGCCUGCCAGGCUCAGAGCUACUGUCGCGGCUCCGCCGACCCUUCAGUGCUGGCGGGCCAAGGCCAGAGCGCGGCCGGCCAGCCCUCGUCCAAGAGCUUUUACGACCGUGUCAGCUUCCUGAUCGGUCCCAGUGGCAGCCAUGUGAUUCCCGGGGAUAACCCUUUCAACAGCAGCCUGGUAUCAGUCAUCCGGGGUCAGGUCCUAACAGGAGACGGGACGCCGCUGAUCGGAGUCAACGUGUCAUUCCUGCACUACCCACAGUACGGCUACACCAUCACGCGGCAAGACGGCAUGUUUGACCUCCUGGUGAACGGCGGCGCCUCGUUGACCCUGAGUUACGAGCGCUCCCCGUUCCCCACGCUGCACCGCACCGUGUGGCUGCCCUGGAACGUUUUCCACGUGAUGGACACGGUGGUGAUGAAGCGCGAGGAGAACGACAUCCCCGGCUGCUACCUGACCGGCCUGCUCCGGCCCAACCCCCUCAUCGUGGCCACGCCGCUCUCCACCCUGUACAAGACGUCCCCGGAGGACAGUCCCAUCAUCCCCGAGACUCAGGUACUUCACGAGCAAGUAGCCAUACCGGGCAGUGACCUCAACCUGGUGUACCUGAGCUCCAGGGCAGCUGGCUACAAGCCCAUCCUCAAGGUGCUGCUGACCCAGGAGCGCCUCCCCUUCGGCCUGAUGAAGGUGCACCUGAUGGUGGCCGUCAUGGGCCGCCAGUUCCAGAAGUCUUUCCCCGCCUUCCCCGACCUCUCCUACACCUUCAUCUGGGAUAAAACAGACGCCUACAAUCAGAAGGUCUUUGGCCUGGCGGAGGCUGUGGUGUCAGUGGGGUACGAAUACGAGUCCUGCCUUGAUGUGGUGCUCUGGGAGAAGAGGACGGCGAUGUUACAAGGUUAUGAACUGGAUGCCUCCAACGUGGGAGGCUGGAUGUUAGACAAGCACCACAUAUUGGACAUUCAGAACGGCAUCCUGUACAAAGGCAGCGGGGAGAACCAGUUCAUCUCCCUGCAGCCACCCGUGGUCUCCACGGUGAUGGGGAACGGCCGGCGCCGGAGCAUCUCCUGCCCCAGCUGUAACGGCCAGGCUCAGGGCAACAAGCUGCUGGCACCGGUGGCUCUGGCGUGGGGCAUCGACGGCAGCCUCUACGUCGGGGAUUUCAACUUCAUCCGCCGCAUCUACCCAUCUGGAAACGUGACGAGCAUCAUGGAGCUCAGAAAUAAAGACUUUAGACACAGCAACAACCCAGCGCAUCGGUAUUACCUGGCGACCGAUCCAGUCAGCGGGCAGCUGUACGUGUCAGACACAAACUCCCGCCGGAUCUACAGGCCCAAAUCCCUGGGCGGCACCAAGGACCUGCAGGCGAACGCGGAGGUGGUGGCGGGAACCGGCGAGCACUGCCUGCCCUUCGAUGAGAACCAGUGUGGCGACGGAGGCAAAGCUCCAGAGGCCUCGCUCACCGGACCCAAAGGGAUUGCUGUGGACAAAAACGGGCUGAUCUAUUUUGUUGACGGCACCACGAUUAGAAAGGUGGACCAGAACGGGAUAAUCUCCACUUUCCUGGGUUCCAAUGAUCUGACGUCGGCUCGUCCCCUGACCUGUGACAGCAGCAUGGACAUCAAUCAGGUGAUUUUGGAGUGGCCCACAGAUCUAGCAGUUUGCCCCAUGGACAACUCCCUCUUUGUGCUGGACAAUAACAUAGUACUGCGCAUCACAGAGAACGGACAAGUGAGCAUUGCAGCCGGUCGACCUAUGCACUGCCCAUUAGCUGGGCUGGAGCGCGGUGUGGCUGGGGGUCAAAGGGCGCAGUUAACACCGCUAGAAUCUGCUGUUUCCAUCGCCAUAUCUUACCAUGGGGCCAUCUACAUAGCAGAGACAGAUGAGAGAAAGAUGAGCAGGAUCCGGAAGGUUUCUGUGGAUGGUGAGAUAACACAUUUGGCCGGGGCUCCCUCCGACUGCGACUGCAAGAACGAUGCCAAUUGUGACUGCUACCAGACAGGCGACGGCUAUGCCAAAGAUGCAAGGCUCAAUGCUCCAUCUUCUUUAGUGGCGGCUCCAGAUGGAACGCUCUACGUGGCGGACCUGGGGAACAUCCGCAUCCGGGCCAUCUCUAGAAACGGGCCAACUCUGACUUCCAGUGCCAAUGGAUAUGAAGUGGCCUCCCCUGAUGCCCAAGAGCUGUACAUGUUCGACAUUAACGGCACUCACCAGCACACUGCCAGCCUGCUCACCGGCGACACCAAGUUUACGUUCAGCUACAGCACGGAGAAUGACAUCACGGCCGUCACCGACAGCAGCGGCAACACGCUGAGGAUCCGCAGAGACCCCAACCGCAUGCCCGUCCGCAUCGUCACCCCCGACAACCAGGUGAUCUGGUUGACCAUGGGCACCAACGGUGGACUGAAAACUCUCACGACUCAGGGAAAGGAGCUGGUGCUCCUCACUUACCACGGCAGCAGUGGUCUCUUGGCUACAAAGACGUCGGAGAUUGGCUGGACGACCUUCUACGACUACGACAGCGAAGGCCGGCUAAUGAAUGUAACGUUCCCCACUGGAAUGGUGAAUAACUUGUAUGCAGACAUAUACAGCGCCUUGACGGUGGAGAUCGAAAGCUCCUUGGCUGAGGAGGAAAUCAGCAUCACGACGAACACUUCCACCAUCCGUGCCUUCUACACCCUGGCUCAGGACCAGUGUAGAAGUAGCUACCAAGUGGGCUUUGACAACUCGCUGAGGAUUACCUACGCCAAUGGGAUGGACACCCACUACCAAACCGAGCCCCACAUCUUGGCAGGCGCCGCCAACCCGACCGUCGCCAGGCGCAACAUGAGCCUGCCUGGGGAGAGCGGGCAGAACUUAGUGGAGUGGCGUUUCCGCAAAGAGCAAGCCAGAGGGAAAGUUAUUGUGUUUGGACGCAAGCUGAGGGUGAACGGACGGAACAUUCUCUCCGUCGAUUACGACCGCACCCUGAGAACGGAGAAGAUUUACGACGACCACAGGAAGUUCCUCCUAAAGAUCAUAUACGACACGGCGGGCCACCCGGUCCUCUGGGUGCCCAGCAGCAAGCUGCUGCCGGUGAACGUGAGCCGCACCAGCAGCGGGCAGAUCAGCGCGCUGCAGCGAGGGCCCACCACCGAGAGGCUGGAGUACGACACCCAAGGGCGUCUCAUCUCCAGGGUGUUCGCCGACGGAAAGAUAUGGAGUUACACCUACCUGGAGCAGUCCAUGGUUCUCCUGCUCCACAGUCAGCGUCAAUACAUAUUUGAAUUUGACUCCCUGGACCGUCUGUCUGCUGUCACCAUGCCAAGUGUAGCCCGCUACGCCAUGCAAACCAUCCGCUCAGUGGGUUACUAUAGGAACCUCUUCCACCCCCCGGAGAGCAACGCAUCAGUGGCCGUGGACUACAGCGAAGACGGCCUCCUGCUGCGAGUGGCUCACCUCGGCACGGGCCGCAGAGUCCUGUACAGAUACCGCCGGCAGAACAAGCUCUCGGAGAUCCUGUACGACAGCACGCGGGUCAGCUUCACCUACGACGAGACGGCCGGCGUGCUGAAGACCGUCAACCUGCAGAACGAGGGCUUCAUCUGCACCAUCCGCUACCGGCAGGUGGGCCCGCUGGUGGACCGGCAGAUCUUCCGCUUCAGCGAGGACGGCAUGGUCAACGCGCGCUUCGACUACACCUACGACAGCAGCCUGCGCGUCACCAGCGUGCAGGGCGUCAUCAACGAGACGCCGCUGCCCAUCGAUCUGUAUCAGUUUGACGACAUUUCGGGAAAGAUUGAGCAGUUUGGGAAGUUCGGUGUGAUCUACUACGACAUCAAUCAGAUCAUAUCCACCGCGGUCAUGACGUACACCAAGCACUUUGACGCACACGGACGCAUCAAGGAGAUCCAGUAUGAGAUAUUCCGCUCCCUCAUGUACUGGAUUACGUUCCAGUACGACGACGUGGGUCGAGUCACCAAGAGAGAACUGAAGAUCGGCCCCUUCGCCAACACCACCAAGUACAGCUAUGAGUACGAUGUAGACGGCCAGCUCCAGACGGUGUAUUUGAACGACAAAGUGAUGUGGCGCUACACGUAUGACCUGAACGGCAACCUGCACCUCCUGAACGCGGGGAACAGCGCCCGACUCCUGCCUCUGCGCUACGACUUGAGGGACCGCAUCACCCGCCUCGGGGAUAUCCAGUACAGGAUGGACGAAGACGGUUUCCUCCGGCAGAGGGGGGCGGAAAUCUUCGAGUACAACUCCAAAGGACUUCUGGUGAGGGUGUACAGCAAGAGCAGCGGCUGGACCAUCCAGUACCGCUACGACGGACUCGGCCGAAGGGUUUCCACCAAGACCAGCCUGGGCCAGCACCUGCAGUACUUCUACGCAGACCUGAGCUACCCGGCCAGGAUAACGCACGUAUACAACCACUCCAGUUCGGAGAUCACGUCCUUCUACUACGACCUCCAGGGCCACCUGUUCGCCAUGGAGAUCAGCAGCGGGGAGGAGUUCUACAUCGCGUGCGACAACACCGGCACGCCUCUGGCCAUCUUCACCAGCAACGGCCUUCUGGUCAAGCAGCUCCAGUACACGGCGUACGGCGAGAUCUACUUCGACUCCAACCCGGACUUCCAGCUGGUGCUGGGGUUCCACGGAGGGCUGUAUGACCCCCUGACCAAACUGCUGCACUUCGGAGAACGAGACUACGAUAUAAUGUCUGGCAGAUGGACUAUUCCAGAUAUUUCUACCUGGGAAAAAGUUAGCAAAGAACCGGCUCCUUUUAAUUUGUAUAUGUUCAGAAAUAACAACCCCAUCAGCAAAGUCCACGAAGUUAGAGAAUAUGUUGCAGAUGUGAACAGCUGGCUUGUAACCUUCGGCUUUCAUCUUCACAACACCAUUCCUGGGUUUCCAGUCCCAAAGUUUGACUUGGGUAUGCCUUCCUACGAGCUGAAGAAGAGCCAGCUGUGGGAUGAUCUGCCGUCUAUCUCUGGGGUCCAGCAGGAAGUAACCAGACAAGCGCAUUCCCUCUUGUCGUUUGAGCGGCUGCCAGAGGUCCAUCUCAGCCGAGGUCGAAGGGGUGAAAAGUCUUGGCUGUGGUUCUCGGCCGCAAUGUCUCCCAUCGGAAGAGCCGUUAUGUUCGCCAUCUACAAGGGCAGCGUGCACACGCACACCCUCAACGUGGCGAGCGAGGACUGCAUCAAGGUCGCCACCAUCCUCAACAACGCCUUCUACCUGGAGGACCUGCACUUCACCAUCGAGGGCCGAGACACGCACUACUUCGUCAAGCCGGGCCUGCCGGACGCCGACCUGGCGGCGCUGCACCUCACCAGCGGACACAAGACUCUGGAGAACGGCGUCAACGUCACCGUGUCGCAGUCCACCACCGUCAUGGACAGCCGGACGCGCCGCUUCGCGGACGUGGAGGUCCGCGCCGGCGCCCUGGCCUUCCACAUCCGCUACGGCUCCACGGUGGACGAGGAGAAGGCGCGGGUGGUGGAGCUGGCGCGGCAGCGCGCGCUGGCCGGGGCCUGGGCCCGCGAGCAGCAGCGCGUCCGCGACGGCGAGGAAGGGGUUCGGCCCUGGACAGAAGGGGAGAAGAGGCAGCUACUGAGCAGCGGGAAGGUCUUGGGGUACGACGGGUAUUACGUGCUUUCUAUCGAGCAGUACCCGGAAUUAGCCGAUAGCUCCAAUAACAUCCACUUCCUCCGGCAAAGUGAAAUCGGGAAAAGGUAACAAUACGAGGUGCUUUUUUUUUUUCUGCUAAAGAGACUGUGUUUUUGGUAGUGCUUAUAAAAGUGGGCAAAAUGAAAAGCAACUAUAUUCAGUAGUUGCCUGAAAUGUACAUUGAGUGUUAAUGUGUUUUUUGUAAAAAAUAAUAAUAAUAAUAACAUAAUAAUAAAAGUAAAAAAAAAAAGGCUGAAAAAAAGGGGUCAAAAGCAAUGCUGUGCAUUGUGACCUAAAGACUACAGGACAAAGGUACCGCUACACUAAGCCUUAACACGGCAAUUACAGGUCAGUUCCUCCGUAGCACAAGCCUUUCGGACUAUGGACUCUCCAGAAGAGGAGCAGUGGUGUCUUCGAGGAAACAAGGAGCUUCUUUAGGUGUUUUAUCUUUGUCGCAACAAAAGUUUGGCUCAACAGAGUUUCGUGAGAACAGAGGGAAUGUUUACAUUAUGCAUAUCUGCACUUCUCUAGUAGUACCAGGCUCAUGGCUUCAAAGUCCUCGAGCAAAGCAGUGUUCUUGAGCAAAUUUAUGUUUUUAAAAUCAGAGACUUCUGAUGUUUGAAAUAUCCUCACCAAACAAACCACUAUGUAUACCAGAUUUAGCACUGUAAACAUUCAAAUGUCUUAUUCUCUUUGAAAUGAUUUUAAUUACUAAAAAAAAUGAAGGAAAAAAAAGCUGUUUAAAUACCCAAUAUUAAUUGUGGAAGGAAAAAAAAAAUCCAGUAAAAGGUGGAAAGGAAAACUCUGUCAAGGGCAGGAUGUGGAGCAGCACAGAUGUGUCUUGGAUAUCACAGGGACACCACGUUUUGUAAAUUCUCCAAGAGUUUUAUGCUUUUUCCCCCCCUUUUUUUUAAGAAACUGAAUAAAUGUCUGUUCCAGUCAUUAACGGUAAUUUAUGUUGUGUUUAUACAUAAAUAAAGUCAAGCUGUUUUAAUUUAAUUUUUUAUAAUUUAUGUCAUUCUUUACAGAUAUUAUUUUACUGAAUGUUUUGGGGAUUUGUUUUGU